CAUUCUUAUACUUUUGAAAAGUAAUUGAAUUGUGUUUGUGUGAGAAUGGCUUUUAGAGUUCAUCUUGGAAUUGGCCUAACAGGGAAACCCUGGAGAGAACCUUGCGAAAACUUCAAAUGGAAAAAAGAAAUAGCAGAGAAACUUAAAACAGAUAUAAAAGGCAUCAAUAUUACAGAAGAUUCCAAAUUGAAAAGGUUUAAAGCUCUUACAAUUGGCCUUUAUGGGCAUGGUAAGUCUUCACUGAUUAACACAUUUGCUUCAGUAUGUGAAGACGAGAAAACAACGGUUUGCAAUGCUGCUUCGAGGGAAACAAAUGUCACAACAAAAUACAGAAAUUAUAUGUUGUCCGGCCUAUUGGAACAAUUGGUUCUGGGUGACAUUUCUGGACUCCCAGUGACAAAGAAAAUCGAUCCAUUUGUAGAAGAUAUCAAACGUAUUCUACAAGGACAUGUUAAACAUGGAUAUACGUUUAAUCCAGAAAUAAGCAUAUCUUCUGAAGACGAGAGUUAUGAAUCAUCGCCUAAUUUAUGGGAUAAGAUUCAUUGUGCAUUGAUUGUCAUCGACAGUACAGUGGCAUACGAACUUCCCGCAACUUUUGUAUGUGGCGUCAAGACGAUCAUGGAAACCAUAGAUUCUAAAAAUAUCCCUGUUAUGGCCGUUCUUACGAAAACUGACAAACUAUCAGAGCAUGUUAAACACGACGUAGAUACAAUUUUCCGAUGUAGGAAAAUCCUUCAGGCUGUUGAAGCGACAUCUAAGCAACUACAAAUUCCAGUGACGAAGAUAUACCCUGUUGUCAAUUUUGAAGAAAUGGAUCACUUUACCUGGAAAGAGUCGAUUCCAAUAUUGAUUGUCCUGAAAUCCCUUCUUCUUAUGGCAAAAAUGCAUGUUGUUCAUACAUUAGAUGUAAAAACUACAAAAUAAUACAUCAGCAAUUGUUAAAGUAGAUUUCACAGCCUCUGCACAAAGGACCCAAACAUCUUUUAGUGUUGUUUGUUUUGGGAUGUUUGUUUGUUUGUUUGUUUUUGUUUCUUUUGAUGCUGUUUUCAAAAUGGAAUGGUAAUCUUCUUAGUUUCGCAAAAAUGUGAUUUUUUCAUUAAAAAUGGUGUUUUCAUUUCAAAUGGUGUUCUUGUGGAUUUUGAGGUGUCUGCUUGCAAAUGCGAUAAUGAAGGGAGACUAUGGUUGAAAUUAAAUAUAAAAAAUGAACUAUUUACUCUUUCAUCUUUUUUUUUUUUUUUGCUGUCUGCUAUUUGCCACCUGAAUUUUCAACAAGACAAAUUUAUUUAGGUCGUGUGGGGGUUGCGUUCACUGAACGCCGCCUUUCCUUGUUGAUCUUGUUUAUCAUAUUUUCUAUAAUUGUCUUCUGUCUAUAUGAAUUUCAGAAGCAAGGUACAUUAUGUAUUUGUGGUGAUUUCAAAAGAUGGGUUGAACGUUUUUAUAGAGGGUGUUGAUAGUCUACCUAAAGGAGAAUUGUUGAUCAUAUUGUAAGUGUGUAUGGAUCAGCUAUGAUAGAUUGUUAAAUGGAUUGUAACGUUUGUAUUGUCGAUGGUGGUAAUACAGUCAAAAAUGAUAUCUCAUGUGUUAGACGUCAGGGCUGCUCAGUUGUUGACUAUUGUUUGACCAGCCACAUUGAUUUAGAUUGUUUAACUGAAUUGUUUGUCUUUAUAUCUGCUGACUUAAUCAACAAAUUUGGUCUUACUCCAUUAUUCAUACCAGAUCACUCAGUUUUAACAUGGAAAUUUGAAGUUAAAAACAUCAGUUGUGGACUUAAUCGGGACAACCACAAUGCACUCGGUGAUUCUACCAUAAGCCUGACCACAUCGAUGUCAAGAAUAUACCCAAAACUUUUUGUAAGGAUAAAGAUGUGAUAAAUAUAUAACGUAACUGUACAUUUACUUUAGAAGCCAGUUAAAAGACUCAAUCUGAUAUAAAUACAGUAUAAUUAUGUUGAGUUAGUCUGCCUAGGAUGAAACAAAAGACUCUUAAUUCAAAUAACAAUAAAGGAAGAAAAUGUUAUAAACCAUGGCGGUCUGAUGACCUUACUGUUAAAUAGAAUAAUGUUAAAUGCUGAAGGAAUGUAUUGUAAAAGCACCAAUGUCCAAAAUAAGCAACAUCUGAGACAGACCUACUGCCAGAAAGGGAAGAAUUUUAGUAGGGCUGUACAGAAUGCUUAAAGGUAUUUGUGGUACAAUUUACAAAACAGUCUUUUAAAUUAGGUUGAAAAUAACCCGCAGUCAUUUUGGAAAAGUAUUGGUAGAGUUGGUGUUGUUUCUCAUAAAUUCAAAACUAUUCAUAUGCAAAUUGUAAAUGAUAAUGGAGAUUGAGUAUUUGAUAUGCCAUCUGUACUUGAUAAAUGGAAAACAUCUUUUGAAAAUUUAUACAAUGUAAAUAUAAGAAACGAUCUUGUAGACCGGGCUGAAGAUACACCUCCUGGAUAAAACACAUGUUAAGAAUUUGAAAGGGAGAUUGAUGUUUUAGAAUUUAGGAAUGCUUUUAAGCGGGCCAAAAAUAACAAGGCUAGUGGGAUAGAUGCCUUGACGUAUUAGGUAUGUAAAAAUGACGCCUCGGUCUCGUGUCUCCAAAUUCUUUUUAAUUUUUGUUAUUCCAAAGUAUUGUUCCUUCUGAUUGGGGUAGGUGUAUCAUCAACCCGAUUCCAAAGUUCAAUACCCAGGAUAGGAAGGAUCCCAUGUCAUAUUGCGAAAUCGCAUUAGCUUAUGCAACGUACGAACUACAUGUGUAUAUUGUAGUAUUCUUAACCAACGUUUGCCAACAUGGACAGAAUCGAAUGCCAAGCUUGAGGAUGAACAAAAUGUGUUUCGAAAACGUCGUAGUACAACUGACAAAUUGACAACCUUGACCAAUAUUGAAUACAAAACCAAGCGAUCAACAUUUGUAGCAUACAUAGAUUUUAGCAAACCAUACGACUCCGUCAAUAGGGAUAUUCUGUGGAAGAAAUUAGCCACUGUUGGUGCAAAUGACUAAAAUGUUCUUUGCUAUAAAUUCUAUUUAUUCCAAUGUAACAGCUUGUGUACGGGUAAAAGAAAUGCGUACAAACUGGUUUAUUGUAAACAACGUCAUCGUCAGGGCUAUGUUUUGCCACUAAUUCUUUUCAAUUUCUAUGUUAAAGAUCUUACUGUGAGACUAAAGUAUGCAUUAUGCUUAUGUGUUGGCAUUUGAAAGGAAUAAAAGGUGUGUAUACUUCUUUAUGCUCAAGACAUUGUUUUCAUAGCUGAAACUUAGGAAGAUUUGCAAAGUAUGUUAGAUAUUCCGCAUGAAUCGUCAUGCGUCUCUAAUUAAUCCGACAAAGAGCGAUGUUAUGUAUUUUAGACCAAACAAUGUAAAUAGGGCCAAUCUUAUCUUAAAAUGUGGACUAGAUAAUCUUGAAUGUGUUCCAAAAUAUGUAUACUUAGGUUUAAUACACUAAGAGCAUUUAGACUACUCUUUCACAGCAUUUUUUUGCUCAGCUUUAGGUCUCUUAACAGCUAAAUUAAAGUUUUUAUGGGAAUGCCUUACAAUGUCUUUAAUAAAUUAUUUGACUAGUUGGUUUAGUCUGUGUAAGUAUAUGGAGCAGCUAUCAGGGGAAACAAAAAAUUUACCUGUAUUGACUCAAUUCAACGCCGUGUUAUGUGUCUUUUCUUAGGGACAUCACGUUUCUCUCCAUGUGCAGUCCUGAUAGGCGAUAUGGACUGGCAACCAACUUUCAGUAAACAUAUGAUUAGUGUUUCUAAUGUUUGGCACAUACUAUGUAUGAUGCCUAUGUUCAGAACAAACUACAAAGUGUUAUGUAUGCUAAUUCAGUUGGUAGUACUAGGUAUAAAAAACUUGUAUUUCCUCUUAAACAAAUUUUUAAUAAUCCUGAAUGUACAGAAUUUGAAACAUUGAUAAUGUUGUAUC